UUCAACAUAUAUAUCACUCGUAAAAUAUUUGUGUUGUAUUAUAAUUAAUAAAACCUUUAAAAAUGUUCUAUUAGUCAAAAUAUAUUCUGUAAAUUAGUUCUUUGCGUUGAAUUCACGAUGAGUGAUAAAAAGUACAAACAAAGUAAAGCUGAUAUAGCAAAACAGUUUGAUCUACCAGAACGACAGUCGAAGAUCACAACUUUACUCAACCAAGCUGGUCAGGCAUAUUGCAUAUGCCGUUCGUCAGACAGUUCUCGGUUUAUGAUAGCAUGUGAUGCUUGCGAGGAAUGGUAUCACGGAGAUUGCAUAAAUAUCUCAGAAAGAGAGGCAAAGUACAUAAAGAAUUAUUUCUGUGAUCGUUGUCGGGAAGAAGAUCCAAGCUUAAAAACAAGGUUUAGACCACAAAAGAGGGAAAAUGAAGGUGAUUCUGGUCGAGAUGACAGGAAGAAGAAGAAAGAGAAAGAACAUUCAGAAAACAAAUCGUCCAAGAGACCAGCUAAGGAUGGGUGUGGGGACUGCGCUGGCUGCUUACAAGUCACUGAUUGUGGACAUUGUGACGCAUGUGAAGACAUGUACAAAUAUGGUGGGAACAAUAAACUGAAAUUGAAAUGCAAACAGAGAUUAUGUGUGAAGAACAAGAAGAGUUUGAGAGUGUCCAGCAGUAACCGCACAAAGAAGAAGCACCACGAGCGGGAGCCGUACGAGCCGGAGGAGUCGAUAGCGCACCUGCAGACGGCGGCGCCGCGCCAGUGCCACGGGCCGCAGUGCACGCGCGCCGCGCACUUCGCCAGCAAGUACUGCUCCGCGCAGUGCGGCAUGCGCCUCGCCACCGCCAGGAUAUACCAGGUGCUACCGCAGCGUAUCCAAGAGUGGUCGCUGUCGACCUGCGUAGCGGAGCAGCACAACCGCAAAGCGCUGGAAGUGGUCCGCAGCGGGCUGGCCAAAGCGCAGGCAGCGCUGAGGGCGCUGGACAAACAGCACACGGAGCUGGAUGCGCUGCUGGAGCGGGCCAAGCACGCUACUAUACAGCAUAGCGAGGAAAAGGAAGCGGACGACGAAACGUCCAUGUACUGUAUAACAUGCGGGCACGAGAUCCAUUCUCGUACUGCGGUGAAACACAUGGAGAAGUGCUUUAUAAAGUACGAGGCUCAGGCGUCGUUCGGGAGCCGACAUCGUACAAGAAUAGACGGACAGAGCAUGUUCUGUGACUAUUAUAAUAGCGCUAAUGGGACGUACUGCAAGCGGUUGAGGGUAAUGUGUCCCGAACACUUCAAAGACCCGAAAGUGAGCGACACAGAUGUAUGCGGUUGUCCCCUAGUGAAGAAUGUGUUUGAGUUAACCGGCGAGUUUUGUAGAGCGCCAAAGAAAUCCUGCUUGAAGCAUUACCAAUGGGAGAAAUUGCGCAGGGCCGAAAUUGAUAUGGAGAGGGUCAGGCAGUGGCUCAGGAUAGAUGAACUAGUGGAACAAGAGAGGAGUAUACGGUUGGCUAUGGCUUCCAGAGCUGGAGUAUUAGGUCUCAUGCUGCAUUCAACAUACAAUCACGAAGUUAUGGAGAGAAUCACCAAGGCAAACGAGAACGGAAAACUUAAAGAAGCUUCCUGACAUCGACAAAAAACAGCUCUAAAACAAGCUGAUAAACAAACAGCUCAUAAUACAGCUGAUAAACAAACAGCUCAGAAACAAGCUGAUAAGCAAACAGCUCAGAAACAAGCUGAUAAGCAAACAGCUCAGAAACAAGCUGAUAAGCAAACAGCUCAGAAACAAGCUGAUAAACAAACAGCUCAGAAACAAGCUGAUAAGCAAACAGCUCAGAAACAAGCUGAUAAACAUGAUACUUUAUAAUUAUAGUAAUAAAUAUAUUUGAUUCGAA